UACAUAUAUCUGAUAUAUCGAAGUUUGCUGAAGAUGAAGAACUACAAAACAUAAACGUGUAUUUUUGCCUACAACUAGUCUUUUUUAUCCAUUUAAAAUGGACCCAGGGUUUAGCUGGGAGCCAGAGGAGUUUCAAGUUCCAAAAGAAGACAUAGAAAAGUUGAUAACAUCUCUCCUGGUCGCAGAAGAACAGCAAUGGCUUCAAAGUGCUUCACCUUUACAGCAAAUUUCAUCUUCCCAGAUAAUUGGUUCGUCUUCUUGUUGCAAUAGCCCUCUCUCUCGAGACGGCGAGCCCAGCUGUGGAAGAUGUGAUCCAGGUUUUAAACUAUUGAGACAUGGAAAUAGCAUCUGUCAAAUCCAUUCUUACUUUCAGAAUCUUGAGCCUAGGCGAUACUGUCUUAGUCUUACAGCAAGAAACAAAGCACUGGAUGGACCAAGUAACAGAAUGAGACUGGUCAGAGGAGACAGUAGAAUAGAUCAGAAACCUCCUAGGGAUGAAGGUGUUAGAAACGUCAGUCAACGAGAGGCCACACUAAAUCCCAAGGAAUCUGAGCUGUAUGAAAAGGUUAUCCUGUGCUGCCAGAUCCCAGUGUUAAGUGCUCCUCCCGUCCCCUCUCCAUACUCCCCAUCACCUUCAAUAGGUGCUGUAUCACCCAAUUCUCCAAGGAGCCCUCAAUUUGAAUUUUAUGAUUCAUCAUACAGUCCUCCAGCUAGGGAUUAUGUUUUCUCUCCUUUCCGUCCAUCCCAAAGAUUUUCCUUUAACGUUGAAGAAGUUUCUUCUGAUGAGCCAGUGCAAGCAGAACAGUUACAAGAAUUAGCAAGAAGAACAUUUGGAUUAACUAAAAGACAGCAAAUAUCCCUGGAGAAGAGCAUCAGAGAAAAGAUGAAACCAAAGACAGCGGAUAGGGUACUUGUGGAAGAUCUAUUAACGCAGCUCUCACUGUUACACAAAAACUUUCACCCUUACUACCGAAUACAAUCUUUCCUGGACAAGAAUGGCUAUGACCAGUGGGUAGAAACAGAGAAAGAUCAUAUUAACAGACUGGUAAAAAGGUUUUGGAAUUCACCUCUACCAUCCCUGAAUGAAUGCUAUCCCAUACAUUUGUUUGAUGCUCAUGAAGGAUAUAACAUCUUGCUCUCAAAACUCAUAAGAGAGGAAAGUCUCAAUAAAUGCUCAUCUCACAGCGUAUUUGGUGAUGCAAUUCCCACUUCUCCUCUCUCCCCUGCGUCUUGCCGACUUCUUAAGGAGUUUGGAUUAAGAUAUGGAGUUGGAGAGUUGUAUAGAAGACUGAUUUACCUUCAGUAUUUGGUCAAUCAUUUUGAGUGUGAGGUGUGGUACAUCAAACACGUUACCAAUCUUCUGGAAAUAGUGAUGGGACUGGUAACUAACACCCCUGAGAUCUAUGUCAAGGAGGAGUUCUUAAUGUGCAUUGAGAUCUUAUCACUUCUCUUUCGCCUUUCCAAAUACUACCUUACACGAGUCACAAGGCUGUUCAAACAAAACUCUCCUCCUGGUGGAGUAACAUCACUGGUUGCCAUGGCAGCAAUGGUAGAGGAAGCUGCUCAUUUCCUCAAGUCUACUUUUCCCGCCGUUUUUAUGAAUGUAAGAGAAGCACGCAAAUUUGUGGAUAGCUUUGGGGAAGAACCGUUUGAGAUCCAGUUAGCUUCUUAUCUCAAGGAGGAAAUAACGGGCCGUUAUGAGAGAUUCAAAGUAAUAGCCAUCGAUGAGCUGCAAUUGAAUCGAUAUGAGAAUCCAUUGUCACCUCAGCUCCUCAACAUUCUGAUUUUGAACAUAAGAGAUGAAAUAAUAAUCUACAAGACGUACUAUCAAGAGGAAUUUCAAAGGUACUUGGAUUUUGUGCAACUGGCUACCGUUACUUUCUACCGUCUUUUGAUGGAUGAUGUUGGUGAAAUGUGUCAACUCAUUCCAAUAAACGCACCCACAAAUGAAGUAGAUCUGCGCAUGCUUAGCCUGGCUUUCAGACUAUCGAUCUUGGAUAAAGACAACGUGAAGUAUUUGAGACUUGGCAUGCAGACAUGGCGUGAACCUUUCCUUCGACUGUCCUUGCUCUGGAUGGAUGUUGUGGGAAGAUAUCUAAAAGACCUAGUACCAUGCCUUCUCCAAAGAGACCAGUGGCACGUGACUAGUGUUGUACAAGAAGAGAGUGUAUCAAGACCUGCAAGUGCUGUACGCCGUAUGCCCAGGACACAGUGUAUUACUCGAUCAGACCACUCUGCUUUCACACCUGUAGACCCUGUACAUUGUGCUGCAGAAUCUGACUUUAGAGAGCAAAAGAAAAAGAUAGAAGGGGUUUCUGCAUCCAAUCCGCAUCCCUCAUCUUCCACAGCACAAAUCAGUUCAUCAGACGUGUCGAGUAGCAGUAGUAGUGAAUCAUUGUCUUCCUGGCAGCCAGUCAGGAUGAACGCAUCACCACCUGUUACAACAACCUUUAAAGGGAAAACGAUUGUGACCCAAGCACAAGUACACAUACCUGAUGUUGCUGAAGAUGAUAAUGUGAUGACUACAAGUAGUGAUAGUAAUAAAACAGAAGACAUUGAAACAAUGACAUUUGAAGAAGGAAAAGUAAAUGGAGAAUCUCCUCUAGAACAUUCACAAAGAAUUGAAAAUAUUGAUGAAGAUGACAAUAAAGUUGUUCAAAACACGACUGAAUGUAAUCAUCAAAGGGAACUUGAAAUAUCAGAACAAGAUAUAUUGAAUUCUGCUGGUAAAACUACCAAACAAAAUAGUAAUGAAGUUGUUGAAUCUGUUCUAACCGGUUUCACAGGACAAAAACCAGUUUCAUUAGAAGGUGAACAAAGAGCAACUCCUUACGAGAAUGACGACAGUACUACAGCCCUUGGUUCAACUGAUGAUUCGUACACCACUGCUGAGAGCUCUUUUUCUGAAGGAUCAGAACCAGUGGUAAAAGAUGAGGGUGAAAUAGGAGAGGACGAUAGACUGUCGAUUGAAAGUACCACAAGUGUUUCAGGCGAAAGUAUGUCAACAGAAAUGAGCGCUGAAAAACUGACAGACAGUGUAGCAGAUACGUUAGAUAAUAGCUUGGAAGAUGAUACAAAGAUGUCUGUGGAAGGCGCGCAAAUUUCAACUGCCUCAGACACAACAAUGCAAUCCGUUGAGGGUGCGCAAAUGCCUGGUACCUUAGACACUCAGGAUACGCUAGCAAAUGCAGUGACUAAUGUUAGUGUAUCGGGUCAAAACAUUAAGAGAACAGUAACGCCAACAGCACAGAAGAAUGAGGCUUCUGAUUUGAAUUGUAAAACAUCCUGUCGGGAAGGUCCACAUAAGACUGUUGCUAUGCCAACCUGUCAGGAGUGUCCACAUAAGACUGUUGCUAUGCCAACCGAUAUUGAACACAUCGCUGAUCCUCCUACAACAACGAGAGCGAUGAAUCAUUGUGAAUCUGAUAAUCGUUUAGACCAAGCAUCGACUGAGCGUAGACCGGUACCCAUCGCAAGUAGUCAGUCAUUACCCGUACCUAAACACAAACUGCUUGAAAGGACGUUAGAAGCCGAGAAGGCCAGCCUCAGCAGCGUACCGACAGAGUAUGGUAGCUGUCCAACGUCAUACACUACGGCACGUGACUCGAGUAGAAGUACUGAUGAUGUAAGCACUGAUAAUGAUAGUUAUUUGAGUACGGAUUACGAGAGCCUUACUGAUUCAGAACCAAGUACAACAGAGCCACCUCCUGCUCCAUUAGCGACUACAGACGCUUCCAAGACAGAAAUAGUUCCUGUUUCUAGUUCAAUGGUGGAUCUUCUUUGUUGCAUACAGCGUCUGACAUCCUUUGCUUGUCAUCUGUGUAAAGUGUUGUGUCCGACCGAGCGAGUAAGCCCCGGUAGUGACGGGCAGGUGGAAAUGGAGGAAAAUAGAGCUACGACAAUGGAGAUUAAGACGGCGAUCUGUGGAAAACUUAUUAAGAUAACAAAGAGAAUAGUGACCUUGUACGUUGAUGAUAUCCUGGCCAUCGAGACGUGUGGAAUGAGUGAAGAUGAUAUGGUCAGCGUUAUAGGACAAAAUAUAACGAGACAUUUGAUUGGUCGGUAUAGAUCUGGCGAGGUGAUUGGCUGUCGCUUCAACCCUGGUAGAAGAGAAAGAUGUAAUAUGAGGAAUUAUGCAGGUAAUAAAGUCCAACCAUGUCCUGCUUUAUGUAAAGUCAAAGAUAGUUAUACUGGCUGUGAGCUAACUUCAGAAAAGAUGGGGCUUCGGAUUAGUGACGUCAUUAUACUUCAAUCUUUGUUGUCAUGGUUACACGAUCGAAUAACAACAGCCAUCAGUCGUUUUGAUUCGGUGCCGGUUUUCCAUGGCAUUAGUGGAGAGUUUGACCGACAGUCUAUUCUUAGUGAGUCGUAUUGUCAGAAUGGACCAACCUUGGACGGCAGUAGUCAAGGUUUCCAACAGCAUUCACUUGGAAAUGGAGAAGAGGACUAUCUUAGACUUGCACAGUCGCUUGACGUGUCACUUGAUGAAUGUUCAGCUGAUCUGGAAGGGAAUCUCAACGCUCAAGAUAAACUGUUAGCUUACAGGUUGAACGAGAUAUUCAAGAAGAUUCUGCACGAGCUUCUUAAUCUAUCAUUACCAUCAUUCAGCAUAAGAAGGCGUCUUCAACCUGCAAUUGACUUCUUACGAAGACGUUUGACCGCCAUACAUAGAGUAAUGCUUCGAGAUAGAUUUAUGGUGUUAAUCAGACGUUUAUUGCGGCACGUUGUCCAGGAUUUUGAAGAAGAAGUUGAACAGUUGAAGGAAAGACGUCCAGGUGCCUCAGAGCACGCAGGGCUUCUAAUGAUGUCACUUGCGCAUUUGAUGCAGCUUUUCCACAAUCAAAAACAAGGACUAAGCUCUGAGGAACUUAACAUAGCCACGGAAACGGUUUCUAAACAUAUUGAGUUAUAUACAAGUUCUACUAUUAGACUGAUUCGAUUGUACCAAUGGCUUCGUCAACAGAUGGUAUCACUGGAACGAGAACAAAUAGGAGAUGGAGAUGAUUUCACGUCAUCUGUUAGCACAUAUUCACAUCACAGUAGUAGUCAAUCCCCUGCUGAUAACCUAAUUGAGGCCCUUCGUUCUGAACUACACGCCACAAGCAAGUGUUUUUCUGGUGCAGCCUUCGUGGAAUGGGUUCAAAAUUAUGUACAAAAGAACGGCUAUGACAGCCUUGGAGUGUGUAUUGGCAUGACUGAAACAGACACUGGAAUUGAACUUGGCCAGUAUCUUUUGGAAAGAAAUCAACUUGUUUGUGUGCGAAAUGCAGAACCUACUACAUUAAUAAACGCUGAGGAACAAGCAGACCGGGAAGCAGACACAGAACAGCCAGCUUCUAGUCUUGUGCAACAAAGAAUGUCACGUUCCUCAAGAGGAGCUGUUGUUAUGGAUGCAACUACGCUGCCAUCCAGGAUGACAGUAAAUAAAAUCACAGUACAACAACAUAAUUCAAGUGGCUCACGUCCAAAUUCAUCCCAGUCAACCUCCCAACGCUCCACAGAAACUUCAAGCAUGUCUGAUCCAUUGGAUGAACCAGACACACAAGGACUGUUAGAUUCGGUGGAUGUCAUCCUGCGACAAUCAAGAAGCAACCAAUCUUUAGCACUGUUAUUCUAUAACAGUCCUAAUGUGUUUUAUAGUUUCAUCAGUGACGAUGAGGGAAGUGGUGGAGAACUAAAAUACAAACUGGCAUUUCUUGAUAGAUUUUUAGUUGGAGUCAAACUACAGCAUAUUGUUUGUGCAUUGUAUACUAGAAGAAAGCAUGAUGAAACAGCCAGAUUCUUCCUGAAGAGAUUGCCUAUCAAUGAAGUUGCAUAUGCUCUAGGCUACAAAGAAACACCUAUCUGUUUUAAUAUUUGAAUAUUUUCCUCUUUCCUGUAGCUCUCGACAAAGGAAUCUUCUUUAAACAGUUUUUAUAGCUAAAUCAUUUAGUUUUAUAGGAUUGUCUGAGUCUUUUACAUAAACAGUUUUUUUAGACUUUAAAAUAUGAUGAUCUUAUAUUUUGAUAAGUUUUGAAUGGUUGGAUAAUUCUAAAAAGAUUGUUUUAUUCUUAUAAAAAUUCUUAUUACAAGUGUCCAGCGUUGAUUGUAAAUAAUGCAUUGACAGUAUGAAGUUAACAUUGCUCCAAGCGAUGCUCAAUAUUAUCAUUCUUAUUUCAUGGAAUUAAAACUGUUUACUGUUAUAGAUCGUAGGUUGGUAAAAAAGGUAAAUUAUGACAAUAUUUGUAAAAUUUUGACAGACAAUUAUUAAUAUAUUAGUAAUUUAGAAUAUACUUGCACCAAGUUGCACCUGCUAGCAGACACAUGAGGCAGGGUGUGAGAUAGGUUGCGAGGCAGACCUCAGAGCAGAAAGGACUCUUAGAAAGUCCAGUGUUAAAACAACACUAAAAUAUUGAAAUUUUUAUUUAAUUCACACAAUAAUUAUGGUAAUAAAAUGUAUGUUUACAAA